AUGAAGUCGUGUCUCUUCUAUUCCAAAUUUCCUUUUCGAGACAAUCGCCUAAACUGCUUGAUCUUUCAGCGCUAUCAUCUUGAGAAGAAAAAACCGAGUUCGGCAGUGCUGAAACCAAGAUUUAACGAUUAUGAUAGCGGUGAGGAUGUGCAUACGUUUUCCAAACUGCGCAGCUUAGAACCGAAUGUAAAAGAAAAUCCGGAUUUAAUCGAAGGACCACCUCCAUUUGCUCGAAGCAGCCAUGAUAAUGAUCACCAAAUCGGCGAAACCACCGUGAACAAAAACGCCGAUAAAACAAAAAGCGAAGAAAGCAUUGUAGGGGCUACUAAUGAAGAUCUUAUUGUCCAGCCAGCAGAGCUGAUUUCGGAAGACUCUGAUGAGGAUGGAGUGGCUCAAACAACAACCCCGGUCAGCAGGCCAUCACUUUUGACCAAGCUGAAAGACAUGAAGCUUUCCAAAACGAAUCUCUUCCAACGACUAAGACCUUUUAAUCCGAAGAAGGGCGAUGGAGAAGAUAUGCCAGCUACAUCAAUCCAACCUCCCAGCAGCAACCCCGAAAAUAUCUUCACCUCCACACCAUCCCCAGCCAAUCCAAUGGCUUCACUAAGUCUCAGGAACAUUCCCACUGCAGAAGAUCAACACGCUGCCAAGCAGAACGUGGAAGGUGCAACUGAAGUGAUGUCAGGAAUCAGCAAAGCAAUUGAAGACGUAAAGGCAAUGGUAAAAAAUAUUCAAGAGGAAACCAAGCGCGCCUCAGAAAAGCACCUGGCAGGACUUUCGCGUUUUAGUAUUUUGCCAUCAGAGCAGGAUUCCUUAAACCAGCCCCAAGAAGAACUUCCCGCAACACAGACUUUGAGCGACGAAAAUGUUGCAGUCAGCAACCUGCUGAAAACACGCACUAUGUUUGAAGAAGAUGACAAAAUCAGCGAAACUGGACUUGAGAGUAACUCUAACCCACCUGUGGAAGAGGAAGCAGUUGUUGGCGAUGCUGAACCCGAGACAGGAAUUGAACACACACCUGCAACCAAGCAAUAUAAAACAAAGGUGGAAAAGUAUUUGGAUGAUCUGAAGGAGCGAAGACAGAAGAUGUACUCUCCAGAAAAAUUCGAAAAAGAUCGCUCCUUUACACCGGGAGCUACUGAAGACCUGAAUGAAGACCCUCCAGGUUCAGGUCUUCUAACUGCUAGUCGUGAUAUUGAAGCCCAAAAGAAGAUAUUGAGGAGAAGACUGGAAAUGUACCUUCGAAGCAUGCUCAGACCGCAUAAGUCUGAAGCCCCUGAAGACAGUACAACAUUUGACCCAGUGGUAGGCAUGAAGGAGGAAGCUGCUAAAGAAUAUUUUGGUGCUACGCCGUUUAAUUUGUCUGAACAAACCGACCAGGACGUUAACACUGAAGAAGAUGGAACAGUUACAACUGAGGUACAAGCAGGUGAGGCUUCAACUGAGCCUUCUGGGUUAUCUGCGACCGCAAACGGGAAUGACAGUAAAUUUUACCCAACCCUACCUUCCGCUAGUAGAAAUCCGCUCACCAAAUAUAUUGAGCAAUUGAGGGCGAAAAGUCCAAUGAAGCCCUUGGGGUCUUCGACCCCAAGCCUCGAAGCUCGAUCUGGAUCAAGCGAUGAGUCCGCGACAGAGAAAGCUCAAAAACUAAUGAAGCUGUACCAAACAACAAUUGCCGAGCCUAGAAGGCUGGCGCUUAAAGACAAGCUGAAAAAUUACAUGGUUGCUCUGAAGAAGCCGUUAGAAAAUGUGUCAGAAGGUAGUAGGGAAAAAAAUGCAGAAGUAUUAGAUGAGGCAUCCGCAAAUGCCCCUACUUUGCCCGAUGAAGAUCCUAACCCCGCAGAUGAAGAAAGCAUCAGCAACACCGAAGAAGAACAGAUAAGAGUAGGUGAAAUGCCACCCCUAACCCCAAUGGAAAGUAGAGCCAGCUUUGAUAAUGAAGGGAAAGAAAACGACUGGCAAGGAAACCUGGGAAAAAUCAUUCAAUAUUCCUCAAAUCCUGAAGACAUCUACUUUAGCGGAAACGGCGUAAAAUUACCAAUGAAAAUUGAACUCAGUGGAAACGACUCAUUGGUACUUUCAGUCGAUAUGGAGAAGUUGUGCUCAUGCCAGAACUCAUCAUGUCCAAAAAACCACGCUGAAGUUGAAGAAGCACUAGGAACAAUUCUGAGAAAGGAAGCUGAGCUCGAAAGCCAGCUCAAAGAUGUUGAAGCAGUGGAUUUGGAAAAUAUCCACACAAAGCCAGCGGUUUUCAAAAGAUCUUCGGACGCAGCAGGCAAAAAUCGUUUGGAAGGCGCAAAAGAGCUCAGUAACCAUCAAGCCGGUGCUUUAUUGCCCAAGAUGCCCACACUACAAGAGAUUGCUUCCGACCUAUCCAAGCUUGAUAACCAGUUGCGAAGAGAAUUUGGUGAUUCUCUACAGCAUAUGAAAGAAAAUGCUGACGUUCUAAAUAAAGAAGUUUUGAAUACUUUAAGUGCUACACAUGGGAUCGAUCCAGCCUUGUCAGCAAAAGCUCUGGAAACUCAGCUACAAGCUUUCAAAGACUUGAGUGAUCAAAGUGUGAAGCAGCUUCAGAAGACCCAAGAGAUGACGAGUUUAAGCCUCCCAACUCAAAAUCCAUUGCUGGCAGCUGAAGAAUAUAUCCAAAAGCUGGAAAAGGAGAAAACUUUGAAGAAGCUCUUGCGACAAGCACAAUCGCCGUAUUUGUCCCCUCAACUGGGUUUGAAGGGAAUUGAAAACCAGGCUAAAGCUAUGAAGCAAAGUAUUGAACAGCAAAAUAGGCUGAACAAGCUGAAAAAUCACCUUUCAGAAGACACGCGGAAAUUAGCCAAACUAUUUCCCACUCAAAAUCCGUUAGCUAUAGCUGAUAGAAUUAAAGAGAACUUGAAAUCUUCCUUACCAGACAUUCCAAAGCUUCAAAACCGGUUCUCUGAUAUAAACGACAAUUUACUGCAAAUGCCCGAUGUGAUCCAAAAUUCCAAAAUUAAGGCACUGGAAAACGAGCUGAAAACUUUGAACAAUGAAAUAGAAAAGUAUGAGGAUAGUAAUGGAAAACUGUUUGCUGAUGAGUCGAAGAAGUUCUUCGGAGGUCGAAGUAACGAUGUUAUCCAAAAGGAGAUGAAUUUGAUUGGAAAAACCUUGUCCUGGCUCAACAGCCUUUCAAAGUCGAAGAACUGAUUCUAAGUUUGGUUGAUGAAUAAUCAUUUUUGGAUGAUAAUGACUGUUCAUUUAUGCGUAGUUUAUAAUUUCUGUAGUUUUAUACUUUUAUAUUAUACUGUGUUGCAUGCAUGGAAGUUUUUAACUUU